AUGAGCCUUGCGAUGGCGACGCCAGGGCCCGGCGACUUAGCUGGGCUCAAACCGGGCUCAGCCCCAGAGAUGGGCUCGGCGGAAAUGGAGCAGAUCUGCGGGCUCUUGGAGGCUUCGCUAAUGCCGAAUGGUGACCUUCAAAAGAAGGUCUUGAGCUCGAUGCAGCAGCUUGGAAAAAGGCCAGAGUUCCUGGUGGCUUUGUCGAGAAUCUUUGUCGAGCUCGAAGAGAAGUCCAUCCAUAUCCGGCAGAGUGCCGGCAUCCACUUGAAGAAUUUACUGAAGCAGAACAGCGAGGUUUGCUUCGUUGACCAAGCAACAGAGGCAUUUUUAUGCAUGCAAGUGAUGAAGGCUCUGAGCCAUCCCACCAAGAUCUUACGUCACACGGCAGGAAGCGUGCUAGCCUCCUUGAUGAGGCGACGAUUGGAUAUUGGAGUGAUCGACAAGCUCUGGCAGCAGCUUCAUGUGGACAAUGCAGAUGUGGUGGAAGGUAGCAUGUGGGCCUUGACCCUCACAUCCGAAGAUCUGCUCGGGCAGGGCGUGGAUGAAGCUUUCGUGCAGAUCGCUUGUGCCAAGAUCUUGCCGCGCACCAUCGAACUAACCGACCAGAGACUCCCCUCUUGGCUGCGGAAGCAAUCCUCUGACUUGCUGAUGCAGUACCUCGUCCAGGGCGCCUUCGACCCCGAAAAGUGGCCUGCCGGAGCCGGAAUGCAAGGGAGCUUCCUCGCGAGCCUCGGUGCAUUGGCGAUGAGCCAAGAUGCAGAGCUGGUGCAAAAUUCCUGCAAGGGCUUCUGCUCUGUCAUCGAGCAGCGUUGGGCCGUGCUGUCGCAGGACCACAUCAGCAUGAUCCUUGGCUUCAUGCUCCGCGCUGGAGAGCAUGCUGACGAGGAUGUUCGCCGUGAAGCGUUGGCAGUUUGGAGAGUGGCUUCGGAGGCUUCAGCUCUGCAUCCACUUCUCGAGCAAAACCUUCCGGAACUGACCAAGGUACUUCUGGCGAACUUGGUCUACAGCUCAGCAGACAUGAUGGCGAUGGACGCGGGCUCCUUGGAUAACGACAAUGCCGACCGACCGGAUUCCUUGGAGGAGAUCCAGCCGCAAUUUCACAAGGAAGGCGGUUUUAGUGAUAUGGACAAGGCUGAAAAGGCGGCUGCUGGUUCUACCUUCUUGAGCGAGGAGUGGACAGCACGCCGUGCAGCAGCAGACGCGUUGGAUGCGCUUGCUGGCUAUGCGGGCACGCACCCACAAGUGUGCUCCCGGAUGCUUCCAAUGAUUUCUGAGAAGCUCCAGUCCACUUGCUGGAAACAACAAGAGGCUGGGAUCCAUGCCCUCGGUUGCAUUGGUGCCAGUUGCAUUCAGGUGACGCCCGAACUCUUGGAUGGCAUGAUACGGCUCCUCCUCUCAAAGCUUACGGCAGAGCAGCCCCUUCUGCGAAGUGCCGCUUGUCUGAGCUUGACCCAGUUUCUACCUGGCGUCAUCAUGCUGGUUAGCGGAUCAUUGCCCGUGGUGAUGUCUGCCAUCCUGGAACGUUGCCGGGACACGAACAAGCACGUGCAAGCUGCAGCCGUCGAGUCGUUGACCACCAUCCUGCAAGUCGGCCUGCAGGCAGGGCCUGUCAAGCACUUCAUGGAGGACGUCUUCCAGACCUUCAUCGUGUGCCUGGACAUGUACAAGGUCAAGAACCUUCGCAAGCUGUACCAGUGCGUGGCCGGCGCCGUUGGUGCUUCGCCGGAGCUUUUCACGACUGAAAGAGGGCAGGCGGUGCUGGGAUCCAUCUUGCAGCGCUUCUUUUCCGCUCAAGUUGGUGACCCAACGGCAAUGGCGAUAUUCGAGAGCAUGGCCAGCAUCGUUCAGCACUUGGCAUCUUUCGUUGCAGGGAUUUUGCCUCGGAUUGUGGACAAGGCCGUUCGGGUCGUGAACGAGGUCGGUUACGCCAUGCAGAUCUUCAAGCAAAACCCUGAAGAGUAUGAGCCGCCAGACCAGGAGUUGAUGGCUGCGGCUGUUGACAUUCUGGCCUCAGCGAUGGAUGGCCUGCAGGCUGAAGCAGUUGGCCUGCUCAAGCAGAACAACUUCCUAUGCAUCCUGCCCCUGGCACUGACAGCCUCCAGUUCUCGGGCCCGGCAAUCCGGCUUCUGGCUCCUGGGCAGCGCCGCACCGCACUGCAAGGCUCAGGUGCAGCCUUUGCUUUCGCACCUUCUGGAGCCUUUGGUCGCUGGCAUGAAACUUCCUGCCGGUCUCCCCGUGAACUGGUCCGCGGUUUGGGCCCUGGGGGAGCUUUGCCAAAGGGUCGACCCACCCAGCCUGGAGCCAGCGAUUCCGCAAAUUACCGAAGCCUUCGUCGGCAUCUUCCAACGGCGUGUGGGAAUGGAGGUGCUCCCCAACCAGCUGGCCGCGCAUCGCCAAUUGCUAGGUGCAUCAUGUUUCACCGUUAAUUGCUUAAAGCAUACAUCGACUCUGGGCGACAGAUGGCCCAGUUGCAAACGACUCAUCCCCGAAGAGAAUUUGAAGCAACUGCAAAGCCAAUAUGGCUUCUGCGACUAG